AUGAUUCGCACCGGUCAUGAAGUUAGCAUUGCGUUCGCUCUCAACAUCGCAGCUGGAGCAGCAACAAUCCUAGGGGGCAUGGUAGUUUUCAGCAAACAGCUCGUUUACUUGGCCAACCCCGUUAGUUUAGCGGUUGCACUAAGUGUCUCGUCCGGUGUGAUGAUGUUCAUCUCGUUUGUCGAGAUCUUCAAUGAGUCAGUGCACUUAUUGAAAGAGGGCAUUCAGACGGAUACCAUGACGGAGGAGACAGCUACGGGGCAUAGCUGGCUCAUUGCAACGGGGUCGUUUGCUGCAGGCGUCGCCCUUAUUUACACGAUCGACGUCAUUGUGCACAAGAUCUCGCCUGACCAUGAGAUGACCGAGCUGGAAAACUUCGAGGAUGUUCGUGACUCGAUACGAAACAUGGAAAGCAGCAAAGCAGCAGCAGGGAAGGUCUCAACUCCGUGUGUAGAGACGGGUCUGUCGACAGCUGCGGACCCGACCAGUCAGUUUGUCAAAAUGGACGUCAACUCGCAACGUGCCUUGCAACGCAUGGGGGUGCUAAGUGCCCUUGCUAUUGGCAUUCAUAACCUCCCAGAAGGUAUCGCUACCUAUGUCGGAGCAAUGCAGAAACCUUCGGUCGGAUGUUCACUUGCAAUUGGCAUUGGUCUGCACAACAUCCCCGAAGGCAUUGCGGUUGCAGCUCCUAUUUACUUUGCCACUCGCUCUCGCUGGCGAGGACUUAUGUGGUGUGCGAUCUCAGCUGCUGCUGAACCGGUUGGUGGCAUCAUUGCGUGGCUAGCGAUUGGCAACGGGAUGGAUCCCAUCUCGGAAGGUAUCCUCUUUGGCCUCGUGAGUGGCGUUAUGGUCUGUAUCUGCGUCAAGGAGUUGAUUCCCACGGCCUACAAAUUUGCCAAGGACAAGACGUAUAUUGUUGCAAUCGGUACGUUCGCGGGUAUGUUCGUCAUGAUGGCGAGCCUCACGCUGUUUGGCUACGCGGGGGCGUAA